UUUCAUGUAGUUCCUUCAAGUUUCCCAGCUAAGAAUGAUUAGUGUGACACAUUAUUUCAUGGUAUCUCUUGAUUACGCAUGCAAAUGACUUUGUAUUAUGACUAAAUGGACUAAAUAUUUAAACGACAAAUUUUGGGUAUUGGACACAGUUCUAAAAAAACACCAACUUCACUUGUUUGGGUUAGCACAAUUUUGAAAAUGUCUGUUGCUUCAGGUUGUCGUCUAAAAUGGUCUACUUCCGUGGGAGAUAUCGUUAAAAGAACAUCAACUCUUAUAAAUUAUGCUCGUUCAGUCUAUGACAAAGUGGGAUCAUCUAAACCUGACACUUUUGAGUCAGUUGUUCUGCCUAUUUCUAUGUUCGAAGCUGAAUAUCAAACAGAAAGGAAUGCUAUAGAUUUCCCUCAGCACACUUUCCCUUGUAAAGCUAUAAGGGAUGCCAGUUGUGACGCCACUCGUAAACUUUCCGAUGUUGAAGUAGAAUUGGAGAUGCGAAAGGACGUAUUUGAGAAGUUUGUUUCAGUUCAAAAAAAUAUAGAUUCAUCAUUCCCCGAUGAAUAUCGUCGUUAUGUUGAUAGAAAAGUUCAGCUCGGUCGGAGAAAUGGUCUUCAUCUGGAUGACGAUAAAAGGAAGUUGAUAGAAGCCUUGAAUAAGGAAGAAAAUCAAUUGUGCAUUGAUUUCCAACGUGCUCUAAAUGAAGAGAACACUUUGUUAGAGUUUACAGAUGAGGAAUUGACUGGAUGUCCUGCUGAUUUCAUUGAUGGUUUGAAAAAGCUCCCUUCUGGCAAACGUGAAGUAUCUCUCAAAUAUCCACACUACUUCCCGAUCAUGCAAAAAGCGUCUAAUCCAGAAACAAGGAGAACAUUAGAAACAGCUUUUAAUUCGAGGUGUGUUAAAGAAAAUUCACCCAUAUUGAAACGUUUAAUGGAACUACGAAAAGAACGUGCAACAAUUCUUGGUUUUCCUACACAUGCUGAUUUUAUGCUUGAUUUACGUAUGGCUAAAACUGCUCUCAACGUUGAUAAAUUUUUAAGCAACGUUGGGACUAAAUUAAAGGAAGCUCAAGUAAAAGAGACUGCACGUUUAUUGGAACUGAAAAAAGAAGAGUGUGACCGUUUAGGAUAUACGUUUAAUAAUUGCCUAAAUCCAUGGGAUACACGAUAUUAUAUGAAUAUGGUUAAAGAACGAGAUUAUUCCGUCGAUGAAGUGGCUCUAAAGAAAUAUUUUCCAUUGGCCACUGUAAAAUCAGGUAUAUUGCGAUUGUAUCAACAACUGCUUGGUUUAAGAUUUGAGCGUGUUUCGAAUGCAGAAGUUUGGCACGAAGAGGUAGAAAUGUAUUCAGUGAGUGAUUCUCAAUCUGAUAGUUUGUUAGGUUAUUUCUAUCUUGACCUGCAUCCACGUGAAGGUAAAUAUGGACAUGCAGCUGUAUUCGGUUUACAACCAGGAUGCCGUAGAUUGAUGAACUCCAAUAAUAUUACAGUGGAUGAACAUAGUCAUUCCCCAUCAUUGGUAACCUCUGAACGUCAAUUGGCUAUAGCAGCAAUGGUUGCUAAUUUCACUGCAUCAGAUAAAGAAACUGGUCAAGGUUUUCUAUUACAUAGUGAAGUUGAGACAUUUUUUCAUGAAUUCGGUCAUUUGAUGCAUCAUAUUUGCUCACAUACUGAAACAGCUUUAUUUAGUGGUACAGCUGUAGAAACAGAUUUUGUUGAGUGUCCAUCACAAAUGCUGGAAAAUUGGGUAUGGAAUGUUGACGGACUGAAAGCGCUACUUGGUACAAAUGAUGAUCCAAUUCCAAAAGAUUUAUUAGCUAGUCUAAUUAAUUCACGUAUAGCAAAUGCUGGUCUAUUUUAUUCUCGACAAAUACUUUUAGCCUCAUUCGAUCAAGCCAUUCAUACAACGAACUGGGAAGAUGAUCCACUAGUCACGUUUACAAAUUUAAGCAAAAAAUGGAUUGAUAUUGAACCGACACCUGGUACUUUUAUGCCUGCAUCAUUUGGACAUUUAGCCGGUGGAUAUGAUGCACGUUAUUAUAGCUAUUUAUGGAGUGAAGUGUUCAGUGCUGAUAUGUUUGAAUCACGUUUUCAAUGUGCUAUAGAUGGUGGUUGCUUAAGUAAAUCAGUUGGAAGAGAUUAUCGUGAGAAAAUUCUCCGUCCUGGUGGUUCUAAAGAUGCUGCAGAUAUGUUGAAAGAUUUUCUUGGACGUGAACCAAAUGAUGAUGCUUUCUUCAAAUUAUUAAAUGUUAAUUUACCAUAAUUGAAGUCAUUUGUCUUUCAACUUUUAUUUUUGUUAGGGGAAAAAGAAGAUUUAAUUGUUCUUUGUUGAAUUUUUUUUAAUAUAGACGUUUCUGGACUUUUUAAUUUGAUUGUUUU